AUGUGGGCAGAUGAACUGACGAGGCGCUACCUGCCAGAUCGACCCAUUGUCACGAAUCGGGGAGCCAGUCGCCUCCUGCUUUCAGCAGAAGCCUCCUUAAAGCUCGAAGCCUUCGCCGAAGCGAAUCGCCUGGCCGAGCAGUCCCUUUCCACCUUCCGACAAUGCGGCGAGACCUGCGGGCAAGCUGAUGCAGCGCGGCUUUUGUCCGUUGUCAUGAUCCACCAGGAUCGCCGAAAGGAAGCGGAUCGGCUCCUGAAGGAUGAGCUCUCGAUCUUCCAAACCUCGGCGGCCUACACCUCCAAGUCCGCCGAGGCCCGGCUCCUGUUGGCCCUCGCGGAGGUGAAUAGCGACCGGCGGGGCCAGAAGAAGCGAGAGGAAGCCUUGAAGUUCGUGGGCCAAGCGCGAACCUUGGCGAUCGAGGAGGCGGACGUAGGUUUGGAAGCCUCGUCCUUGUCGGUCAUGGCCAAGAUUUUUAUCAAAUACAAAGGUGAUGCGAAGGCGUGCAACAAAGAAGCGCACCGCCUGGCCACACAGGCCUUGCAACUCUACGAGCAGACGGAGGAUUUGCGAGGGCAGGCGAUCGCCUCGCACCACAGCGGCAUUGCGCAAGGAAACUUGGGCGAGAUGACUGCGUCACUUCAGUACAUGGCCGACUCCAUGGCACAUUGGCGAAAGGCGCAGGACCCCAUCAUGGAGGCGAACGCGCAGAUCAUGGUGGGUCAGUUGCUCCUCAAAGGUGGCCUGGUCCGACAGGCAGCCACCGCCGCGGAGCAGGCUUUGGCCUUGUACCACGCCACCGGCGUCACCGGCGCGCGGGAGCUGCGCGCCAUGCAGACGGCGGUCCGAGCACAGAUCGCCAGUGGCGAACCCUGGCGUGCCAUUUGGACGGCUGAGGAUGCCAUCGCCCGCUAUCGCGAGCGCCACGAUCGGACCAAUGAGGCUCAAGCGCUCUUGUGCUUGGCCUCGGGCUACACGUUCUCACCCUCCGGGAGGGAUCAACAAGAGGUGCCAGCGAAGAUGCAGAGCAAGAUGAAGCCGCCGCCGAAGGAAGCCGUGGAAGCCAUGCAGUUGGCCUUGCAGAUCGCGCGGCAGUUAAAUGAUUCCACCUUGGAAGCACAGGUCAUGGCGCAUCUCUCCACCAUUCAUGUACAGCGCACAGAGAUGGAGGAAGCCAUUUUUGCAGCGCACGACGCCUUGAGCCAUCGUGAGGUGAAGGACGUCGCCAGCAAGGGCACGGCAUUUCAGUCUUUGACCUCUGCCCACCUUCACAACAAGGACUUUGCGGAUGCAGAACGAGCAGCUCGAGCACAGAGGGACUUCAGUCGCAAGGAGGGCAGCUGGCAAGGCGACGCCAAUGGUUUGCUCUCCAUGGCCCAAGUCCUACUGGCCGAGAAGAAGUUCGAGGAGUCCGCGGACAAAGCCAAAGAGGCUCAAGGCCUCUUCGCCGAGCACAAGGACCGGCGUGGCGAAGCCAAGGCCUUGCUCCAGACAUCGACGCCACUGCAGAUCAAGUGCAUCGCAGCGCAGGUCACGCUGCCUUUGCAACUUUGCAUGCGCAAUGAGGACUCUGCGUACGCAAUGUCCGGCCCGCUGCGUUGCAGCGAGAACAGCGGUGGCCAGUUGAAUUCUCCUUUGCGGACAAUGUACUGUGGCCGCUUCUUCAUGGACAGUACGAUCACCAAGGAGUACGGAAUGCCGCCGGCUGUGUACAGCCGAAUGGGGCCAAUGUCUGACAAAGCCCAAGCAGUUCUCAUGAACCCAUACUUCCUCAUCCGAAGCGUGGAAGAUCCCAUCAGUCAACCAGCUGCGUACACCUUUUGCUCUCAAAGGUCUUCUUUUGCUUAA